AUGCUCAGCCGUAUCCCCCCACAAACCCGUGCCAGUACCAGUACCAGCUACUCCGAAUACCAUGACUAUCCGCAGCCAGACACGAUAUCCUCUCAACCUCGACACCUCUCCUCACUCACUCACCCAGACCCUCUGCCUUACGACAAGGGGAAUUUCCAAGCCGGCCGGAAGAGAAGCGAGUCGGAACUCGAUGGCACCGAUUCGACUGACCGAGGGGCAGUCCGGCGCCGGAUCAGUCGCGCCUGCGACCAGUGCAACCAGUUGCGCACCAAAUGUGACGGGAAGCAGCCGUGUGCGCAUUGCACCGACAGCUCCUUAGUCUGCGAGUAUGCGCGAGUUCACAAGAAGAGAGGGAGGGCCCCCAAGAAAGAAAUGGAGCAAGCUGAGGAGACGAGUUACGCAACACCUCAGGCCGCAACAAGCAAUCAUUCUGCCAUUGCCCAGCCGGCACGUCCCCGAAAGUACUCGAUUACGUCCUACUCUGGCCGAGAUGGUAUAGUCGACGGUGGCGCUGUGUCCUCCAGCAAUCCGCCUGCGAACAGCAACUUUCAGGCCAAUCACCACCCAGAUUCGUUCUUUACCGGGUUUGAUCCCACGCCCGGAAUGAGCAUGGCAAAUGUUGGGCAAAUGCACGAGCUGGAUGCGUCGAUGGCCUCUCAAAUGGCACAGAGUAGGAGCAUGGAUUUUGCGGUCUCAAACCAAGCCUAUCCGACGUCGACACUAGACUCUAUGCACGUUCCGGGAGCAGUCCAAGGCUUCGGCUUUCCUCUGGGAGAUGAUUAUUCAGUGGCCUUCAUGGGCAAAGCACCCAUGGUUGAAUCGCCGGAUUGGCUGGCUCUCACGUCUCCCAUGUUCAUCAGCGAACCUCUACCAGCACAGCCUCCUAUCACAGAAUCAUUGAGAUACCCUGUUCUUCUACCUCUUCUCCCCCACAUCGAGUCUAUCAUCCCUCAAGCUCUCGCCUGCGAUCUCCUAGAGCAAUACUUCACAAGCUCAACGUCCGCAUAUUUAAGGCCGGCCAAUCCAUAUGUCCUCGGAUACAUUUUUCGAAAGAAGUCCAUCCUUCAUCCAACUGAUCCUCGACCUUGUACUCCUGCCUUGCUUGCUAGCAUGCUCUGGAUAGCAGCCCAGACGAGCGACGCCGCCUUCCUCACGACCCAGUUGGAUGCGCGGGCACGGAUCUGUCAACGAUUGCUGGAAUUGACGAUUAACAUGCUCAAGCCUUUAAUCCACAGCCAUCCCAACACUUCUGCGGCGACGCCCAAUUCGAACUACCCUCAGUUGCCUCCCAAGGACGCCGGACUCGCUGCGUUGGUCGUGCCGACGUACUCUGGUGUACCUGGAGUAGACCGAUCACAGAUUGACAACUUGGCUACCUAUAUCCAUUUGGCUACGGUAGUUUCCGCAAGUGAACGCAAGGCCGCGAGCCUUAGAUGGUGGAAUGCCGCUUGGUCACUUGCUCGCGAGAUUAGGCUAGGGCGUGAACUGCCGCCCAAUCCUCCGGGGCAGGAUGGCGAGGAGACUGAUGCUGGCAUCAACCCCGCAGACAGUUCGAUCGAGAACCGGAAUGGCUCUCUGGAUGGCACCCAUCGCAAGGCUGUGGGCUAUGUGUCUGAAGAGGAAAGGGAAGAGCGAAGGCGGGCCUGGUGGCUCUUGUACAUGCAAGAUCGUCAUCUGGCCCUGUGCUACAAUCGACCCAUGGUCUUCCUCAAUAAGGAAUGCGAGAAUCUAUUGCAGCCACUAGAUGAUGACGUCUUCCAGGCGGGACGGUUUGACAAGGCAUCGGAUCCCAAACAUCGGAGGCGAGGGCUGAACAUCGAAUGCACCUCCCAUAGCGUGUUCGGGUAUUUCUUGCCUCUGAUGGUUAUUUUGGGCGAGAUCCUCGAUCUCAACCAUGCCCGCAAUCGGCCUCGGUUCGGUCCGAGGGCGAAUCAGCCCAAAAAUUGGGACGAGCACACCGACGAAAUCACUCAACAGCUUGAGUCAUACGGACAGAGUCUCAAAGACUUUGAAGCUUCGGGGGGUCAUGUCGCAGAGACCACCCACAAUGAUGUUGUGACGCCGUCGGUGGUUUCUGCGGGAACCAACGAGUCACACAAUGCUUCCGAGCUGGUUCUGCAAACCAAGACCGUCGUGGCCUAUGGCACCCAUAUUAUGCACGUGCUCCAUAUUCUCUUGACGGGCAAAUGGGACCCUAUUGCCUUGCUUGACGACAACGAUCUCUGGAUCUCCUCGCAGUCUUUUGUAACUGCGACCGGACACGCCGUGAGUGCCGCGGAGGCGGUUGCGGAAAUUAUCGAGGACGACCCUGAUCUGAGCUUCAUGCCCUUUUUCUUCGGCGUGUAUCUGCUCCAGGGUAGUUUCUUGCUGCUGCUCUUCGCGGACAAACUUCAGGGGGACGUGAGUCCAGAUGUAGUGAAGGCCUGCGAGACGAUUGUCCGCGCCCACGAGGCCUGUGUCGCUACACUGGACACUCAAUACCAGCGAAAUUUCCGAAAGGUGAUGCGCUCAGCUCUGCAGCAAGUUCGCGGACGUGUCCCAGAAGACCUGGCUGAGCAGCAACACUGGAGGCGUGAAGUGCUCGCCCUAUACCGAUGGACAGGGGAUGGAACCGGGCUGGCGUUGUAA